AGAGAAAAAGAACGAAGUAAAACCUAUUGACAUAGUUCUAUAUGACAUAUAAUUAAAAGCUAGACAGGCACAGUGAUCAGGUCCAAGACUGUUCUCCCACAAUAGCACUCUUCGCUUAAGUGGUAAGUUAUAAUGGAUUACUCUGUUCGAAUACCAAAAAGUAGUGGAAAGCCAUUAAAGAAAUGGUCUAUAACCUUUGCAAAAUCCAGUAACUAACACAUCCCGCCUAAUCAUUCCAGUUUGCUAAUGGUUUCAAUCACAACAGGUUACUUUCUUACUCUCAUCUUUACCUCAACCAACACAAGACAAAAUUGACCUUGUUCUCCCAAAACAACUUAUAAAAACUAGAAUUCAUGCUUAGCAAUGCUUAAAUUCACAAGAAGUCAAACUUCGACCAUUCAUUUUCUUACAUAGAGAAGGCAAGCCUUCGCAAACGUACAUAGAGAGACUCGAAAGAUAACGAGAUAGUGAAAUCACCUUUAACCUUGUUGCAGAAAGGGCAAGCUUCAUACUGAUAGAGAACGACGUCGGUGGGGCUGAACUUCCCGGAGCGUGGCGGCUCCUUAGCGUGCAGCUCUUGAGCCAGGGACGAGGCCGCUAUGGAGAAGAACAUAGUGCUCGUAGCAUCACGUCCCGGAGAGGGGCUCGGUAUUCCCAAUCGAUCGGUGAGUUUUAGUGAAGAACUAUGGGUGCUUAACACAGCCCCUCGAUGCAGCAGACGUCGAGUGGCUGCGGAGCUGUUGCCGCUGACGAAGCCGGAAAUGGCUCGGCUUAAAAUGGCGCGUCCAUUUACUCCCCUCAUGGUCCCAAUUUACCAACCCAAAUUGCCUUCCCUCUCCGAGAUUAUUUCUCACAGUCUCCACCUAAUUACUACCGCUGGUCGAAAAACAAAACCAGCUUAUUUAGCCAGGUUCGCGGGGUUUAACUAGGGUUUAUGAAACUAGUUAUUAAAUUCAAUUGACGUGCUUCCCGUUACGUAGAAAAUGAACAGGUGUCCGGUGAGAAAACGCACCAGUGACGCGCGUGAAGAUUUCAAGAUAGUGACGCUACUGGAAUCCCCAAAAUAACCUCCCAGGCUCCCACCGAGUUAGAUUCCUUCAACGUUAUUUCAUGUCAAAUUCGUCAUUUGACUGAUUCACCUAUUUCAUAUCUUCUUCUUCCCCAGCUCUCUGGCUUUCUCCCUCUUGCACGGCCUGCCCUGUGUAAAAAACGACAUCCCUCUCUCUCUCUCUCUCUCUGCUCUUUAUGGGCAGCGUUGAAGAUGACGUCGCCUUGCAGCAGCCGUGGUAUCCCGUCGCUCUGGUGGUUCCCCAAAUCAUCCGCGCCCCAAACGAUACUAUUCGAGUUUCGAGAGGGAUCUCCCUGGGAUGGGCUGGGCUGGGCACCUUUGGAGCCCCAGUCCGUUGGGCUUUCGUGCACAGCGGAGUUCAGCCUCAAUCAAAGAUGACUUGGGCCCAAAGUAAUCACGUGGGGCCCAUAAGUGUAUUAGUUUGGGCCAAUAAACCGAAGGGUAAUUUCGGUAAUUCAGGUAGGUAUGAAACUACUAGGUCGGUGUGUAGAAGCCGGGCAUCUCGACCCUAUAUAUAGCCCUGAGUCCCACCCCUUCACCCCGCAAAUUAACUUACGCAGUCGCCUUCCUUUUUUUCUCCUCCUAUCAAGAAAACCCUAAUCGGAGGAUUUGCGUUCUUUCAGCGAUUCUUUGAGAGAUCUUUUUACUGGUUUUUAGAUCACAGGAAAAAGACUUCUUGUUCUUUCUACAAUUCUGAUUCGAACACUUAUCAAGGAACACCCUUCUUUUCGAUCUAACGCAAGAAACGUUGUUUGUGAAAUCUGAAAAGAUAUGUCGCGGUGCUUUCCCUACCCGCCUCCUGGGUACGCGAGGAACGGGGUUUCCGGUCAGGCCUUGAUCGAAUCGAUUAAGCUCCAGAGGAAAAAAGAGAAGGACAUAACAGAACAAGCCAAAGAGAAGAAACGGGAAAGAAAGGAAAGAAAGAAAGAAAGGAAAGAAAAAGAGAAGCUAAAGCCCCUUGAACUAUCUGCAAAUGUCAAAAAGAUUGCUGAUGAUGUGAUUGGAAAUAGUUUUCCAAAGCAACGAGAAGAAGAAGCCGAACAGGUGAAGAGUGAUCUUACUGUAGAGCAUGAGCAACCCAUCUCAUCUCAGAACCUUCUUUAUUUGUCCGACAGUACACAGAACAGCAACAAGCGAAAAAGGCAUGCUUCACCUUCUACUGAAAGCCACAACAAUGGUUUGUCCUCCCAACUUCUGUUUUCUAGGCUCGGUGGUCUUUGUUUGUGCUUUUCCUUUGUUUAUGUGCUGACAUUUCAUUUUAAUGAUGGCAGGAAAAGUCAUUCGAAUCGGUUUUCCUUCAAAAAGCACAAAGGAGCUGAAGCUUCUUCCAAUGAGGAAGGUGUAUGUUCUACAUCUGGGAGGACAGCUUAUCAUCCUGCUCAGGAAAUUCCCCAAGCACAACAACAAUGUCGAGACAUUAAUACAAGGACAAAUAACAGAGCUCCUGCCCAGGAAAUUCCCCGAGCACAACAACAAUGUCGAGACACUAAUACGAAGACAAAUAUCAGAGCUCCUGCUCGGGAAAUUCCCCGAGCACAACAACAAUGUCGAGACACUAAUACAAGGACAAAUAUCAGAGCUGUUGGGGUUGCUUCUGGACCAAAUAAAGUAUCGCCCACUUGUUCCAAAAUUGAUAGUGCAUCUCCUCUGGUUGCUGCUGGAAAUGUAUCUGCCUCUAGUGGUAAUAAGGCCCGCAGUAUAGAAAUGUUAUAUAAAUCAUUGGUUGAGGAUUGGCUUCCACCUUCACUUUCACUUGAUGAGAAUGAUACUGGUGAGCUAGAAUGGCUUCUUGGAACUGAGCAGCGAAAAGGCAGUAGGGUUAAAAGAAAUGAAACUGAAGAAGGUGUUUUAUGCCAUGUGAGUUCAACAUUGUGGCCAAGGGCCAAAUACCUACCCAGUGCUGAUAUUCAUGCCCUACCAUAUACAAUUCCAUUUUGAGGUUAAUAGCAAUUCUGACUGGCAAUGUAGCAAAAGUAAAACAGACAGAGACAUCUUGUGCUGUGUUAAAUGGUGUGGGCCAGCGGAAGCACCAUUUCAGAUGGAAAUGCUAAGGUACUGCAGUUGCAGUGCUGUGGCUCAGAAUUUUUUUGACGGCACCUUUUUUUGUUGAGGAAUUUUUGUAUAGCGGUUAGCAUUGAAUUUUUUUGCGUUCUCAAUGGUGUUAAGGUGCUGUUUAUAGAAGCCAGAGCUGUAACAUGUAUGUUCCCGUUACGAGGGCAGAAAUAAAUGAAAUCUUUUUGUCCCUUCCAUUAA